CAGGAGAGAGAGAGAGGGUGAGAGGAGGUCUCACACACUUUUAAAUGACUGAACCCCAUGAGAACUCACUGACUGUCUCAAAGACAGCACUAAGCCAGGAGGGAUCCGCCCGCAUGAUCCAAACAUCUCUCACCAGGCCCCACCUCCAGCAUUGAGAAUUACAAUUCAACAUAAGACUUGGAUGGAGAUAUAUCCAAACUCUAUCACCAUCAUAGGCUAUAAAGAUGUACCAGGCCACCUGCCUCAAUUACAGAGGAAGCUCUGACCUUGGGAUCAUUAAUGUGAGGCGAGAAUUGGACUGAGGAAAAGUUAGAGACUAUUUUAGACAGCUGUGUGGUAUGGAGAAUGGUAUAAGUAAAUAUAGUGGGAAUUGAUGUCUUUUAUUGAGCACUUACUAUGUUCCAGGUAUUGUAAUGGGUACCUGACAUACCUAGGCGUUGUAAUAGGUGUCUGAUAAAUAUUUUCAACCAUACAACAACGUUAUGAAGGAGAAUUUUUUAUCCUCAUUUUACAGAUGAGAAAAUUGGGAAUUAGGUUAAAUAACUGGUAGACCUGAGAUUUAAACCAGCUGUUAAGACUCCAGACUCAGGUUGUGAAGCAAAGUAGAUUUUUGACAGGAAUAGAGUGGUUGUGUGUGUGUGUGUGCGCACGCAUGUGUGGGCACACAUUUGAAUUCUGUUAUGUGUAGGAAGGGCAGUGGGCAGAAUGUGGGGUUGGAAGGAAGGGUUUUGUGCAGUGGGGUGGUGAAGAUAUUUGGAGUAUGAGUUGGGCCCAACCCACGAAAGUCCUGGAAUUCCAGAUUGAGGAUAACUUGUUUCUUGUCUUGUCUACUUCUUCCAUAUUUAUAUAAAGGAGGGAGAAACAUACAACAGUUUUGGUUUAUUUAGAUUCUCUUAUGGAAAUUUUGGGAGUUGAAUUAACAGCAGGGUGGUGAAAUGACAAAAGCAUAGCCUGGAGAGUUAGAAGAGACCUCAUUGCUGGAAUAGCUUUUAGCAAGCCCCUUUUUCUCUCCCCUCCCUUGUCCUCAGUGAAAACAGAAUGCAGAGCCUAAAGUUUUCUGUUUUUGCUUUUUGUCUUUUUGGUAGCCCAAGAGUUUAACUUCAUAUAUUAAGGUGAUAAUGGAAUGUAUCAUUUGUCUUCCUAUAUUUAAUCUGAGAGAGUACAAAAAAGGGGCUAUGGCUUGGUAGUAGAUCAGGUGGAGGUGCAAGAGUUGGAUGUUCAAGCUCCUCAGCACCUUUUGCUGGUCCUGAGAUGCCUCUUGCUGGCGAGAGGGUUGUUGCUUCUAGCUUCUACCCCGUUCUUGUUUAGUAAAUAUAAAUGUAAAUAAAUAAGUAUACAAUGCACAUACUUUUCUAAACCUCUGUGCAGUUGUAUUUAGAUGAAAAAUCCAGAUUCUGAGCCACAUUAUGUCAUCAUUUACCUUAAGCAUGGCUAGGCUAUUAGGAUGCUAAGAAAUUCAUGCAUAUCUGUAUUGCAGGGCCAUUUAGAGCUUGAGGCCCUGCUCUGGCUGUCUCUCAGCACAAAACGCUGGUUUUUGGGACCAUUCUAGAUGGCUAUGACUGUGAACAGUGCACAUGCACGUGUAUGUAUACAGAUUUUCAGCUGAACUCUCAUCUCUCAACACUGGCAAAUAUUCAUAAGAUCUACCACACCCUUAAUAAGCUGAACCUAACAGAAGACAUUGGCCAAGACGAUCACCAAACAGGAAGUCUGCGGUCUUGCAGUUCUUCAGACUGCUUUAAUAAAGUGAUGCCACCAAGGAAAAAGAGAAGACCUGCCUCUGGAGAUGAUUUAUCUGCCAAGAAAAGUAGACAUGAUAGCAUGUAUAGAAAAUAUGAUUCAACUAGAAUAAAGACUGAAGAAGAAGCCUUUUCAAGUAAAAGGUGCUUAGAAUGGUUCUAUGAAUAUGCAGGAACUGAUGAUGUUGUAGGCCCUGAAGGCAUGGAGAAAUUUUGUGAAGACAUUGGUGUUGAACCAGAAAACGUAGUUAUGCUUGUCCUAGCUUGGAAAUUGGAUGCACAAAACAUGGGCUAUUUUACUCUACAGGAGUGGUUGAAAGGAAUGACUUCUCUCCAAUGUGAUACAACAGAAAAACUCAGAAAUACUUUGGAUUACUUAAGAUCAUUCUUAAACGAUUCUACAAACUUUAAACUUAUUUACAGAUACGCGUUUGACUUUGCACGGGAAAAGGACCAGCGCAGCCUAGACAUAAACACUGCCAAGUGCAUGUUGGGACUGUUAUUAGGAAAAAUCUGGCCCCUUUUUCCAGUUUUUCACCAAUUCUUAGAGCAAUCAAAAUACAAAGUUAUUAAUAAAGACCAGUGGUGCAAUGUCCUAGAGUUUAGCAGAACGAUUAAUCUUGACCUCAGCAACUAUGAUGAAGAUGGAGCAUGGCCAGUUUUGUUGGACGAAUUUGUGGAAUGGUAUAAAGACAAACAGAUGUCCUAGGACUUUAUGCAUAGCAGCGAGAGAGUCACUGUUACUACAGUUAUGUCACCCAUUAGCCAUAAAUUGCUGUUUGUAUCAAAGCGCAUGCUGCUUUUCUUGCACUGUUUCCCUUUCGCAGGAACAUGUUGGUGUUUGCUAUUGAAUUGGCCAGCUCUGCUUGCUGUGUGGCAUUGUUCUCUUCGAAGGCUGCUUUGCAGUUUGUAUUUACACUACAGAUUGGUGAAUUUGCCAAUGUCCUCACUGUGAUUAUGUGUAUAUUGCUGUUUAAAUUUUGUAUAUGUGUAUAAAAGGAAAAACCUUCACCUAGAGAUUAUUUCUGAAAAAUGUAUUGUAAAAAUAAUUUUGUGGCAUUUCUAGUCCCUUUUUUGAAUGAACCAAUUAUACUUUAUUUGGUCUCCUAUGUAGCAUAUCAGAAAACACGACAAAACUGUUACCAUGAACAAACAUUGCCAGAAUUAACCUUACUAUUUAAGAGGCCAACUUCUGGAAGGAGGUAAGAGUCAUAACUUUUCAGAGGCAUAUGCCAAAUAUCAUUUGGUAUAUUUAACAAUAUUAGUGUUCUAAAAUGAUGAAAGUUAUAAUUAUUUGAACAUAUAGAUAUGUAACAUGCCACAAAUUAUUUCCACCACACGAGGUAUAUAAGUUGUUUAUUUUUUAGUGUUAAAACUAUAGUAGCUUGAAUGUAGGUACCAAUGAACAAACUCAAAUUGCACCUCUUUUCUUAAAAGAAUGGGAUUUAAACUCUUGUAAACAUUCUUUAACUUUUUUGUUCGUUUUCUUUUUUUCCUUUUGCAUUCUUCUAGCCAGUGAUUGAUCUGCUAAUGCUUUCUUUGCCACUCUAAGUAAAAUUUAUUUUGCCUCCUCAAUGAAAACCUCAUGGUUUUGCUGGCUAUUUAUAACUGCAUCACACUUCUAGUUGUGGCUUGAAUUUUCAAUUAAGCUUUCAUGGUGUGUAAUUUUCCAGCCUUUUGAGAAAACAAGCAUAGUAUAAGUGAGAGCUGUUUUGUUUUCUGUUUUGUUUUCCUUGUUUGUUUGUUUCAUGCUAGGCUUUUCCUGGCAGCAUGUCCAUUGCAGGCAGUGGACAAGAAACCACCAGCAUUGAGCUAACCCAGUACAUGCUAGGACCUGUCCUAGAGGAGCCACUUUUCAUUACCUGAGUUAUUUGUACAGAAGGGUGAUGGCCAUUAUUUUUGUGGAUGAGGAAACAAGAAUAAACAGAAUGGUAGUUUUAGGUUUGUAUUUUAUGUCUUUUUUUUUUUUUUUUUUUUUUUUUGCCAUUCUUGAGGAAAUACAGAGAUGACAUUUUCACCCCAACUAUCUGGUGCUAUUGAAUGACUAAUUCAGUCCCUAAAGUUCUGUGAAAACACAAAAGUCUAAUGAUUUGAGUGAGUGGUGCAUUUGAAGAAGUAAAUGCUGUCGUCAGCAAGAUCCGUGAUUUAAGCAUGUGAUGAUUGGAAAAGGUUUGGGUUAUUUGGAAGUCUGGCUAAAAAUUCUUGUGGGUGACAUGUGAUCCUUUAAAUGGCAUUAAGUGAAUAAAGCACACAGACAAUGCUACUCUUGACCACUAUUUUACCAUUUCUUUGCAAACAGUGUUCACAUUUUCAUAUUUUUUCCCUAACUAACCCACCAAAGAAAGAAAUUUUGUAUGUAUAUACAGUGCGUGUGUGUAUACAAAAUCAUGAUAUAGUAGAAUGCAACGACUUUCUUUUUCUACCAAACGAAAGGUUUUAUUUGCUGUGAAAUAAACCAGAAGUUUAAAAAACCCUGUAGUGAUUAAGCAUACGUAACCACUCCUUGUUUGCAGAUUCACUUUCAACCUUAAAAAUUAAUACCAGUUUGCAUAAACCAAUAUCUGAAAAGAAUAGAACAUGUUGAUGGCAAGCAACAGCUAUUAAAACUGAUGUGAUGGAUGCAUUUGUUUUGCAGUGGUGGCUGGCCUAGGCAGAUUUGGAUCUGUGAAUUGAUUCAUUUUCAAAAUCAUUCCAUAAAGUUAAAAAAUUACACUUUAAAGGCAACAGGUCAUACAGUUCUUUAAAUUUGAUCAACUGUAGCUUUAUUUAAAGCAAAUGUAAAUCUCAGAUGGAGUUAUUUUAAACAUUAUGCUAGAAUAUAGAUUUUUUUUUAAAUGCUAAUAAGCACAGUUAAUUCUAAAAUGAGAGGAUUGUUACAAGAGGGAGAUGUUACAGUUACUCCACAAUCAACAUGUUGAUGGUAGGGAAAAAACUGUGUAAAAACUAUUGCAUUAUGUAUGAUAAGAAAGUAAGUAUUCCAAAGGGAUAAUCUUGCAUAUUAAGAAAGCUCCAAAUAAUCUUUAAAUUGCCUUGAAAAAUAAACCUCUGUGACCGCAGAGUGGCAGAGUGCUUACCCUUGGUUUUCUUGAUUUUAUAUAGUUAUUUCUAAGGGGAGAAAAAGGGGUCAGAGUAAUACAUUUUCUUAACAACCUCUCUUAAGUUGCACAAAAUUGAACAAUCAUCAAUAACUUAUUUACUGGCUACUGUUGAAUAAAUUAGGGUGCCUUCAUCUGGAUUUUCUUUAGUACCUAAGUCUACAAACCUUUCUCUUUUUCUAUUGUGUUUUGAACUCCACAUUGCAAUACUCUGUUGUCAUGGAAUACAACCUUUAGAUGUUUGCUGCUUAAGUAGGUCAGAAAUUUUAUUACUUGAUUUGCCCCAAACAUCCACUGUAAUGUUACAUGCACCUUUUUUGAAGCAUGAACUCUGAAUUAUGUUUUUAUAAAUCUGACUAGACAAACCUAGAUUCUGGUUUCACAAUAGAUUUAUUUUGUCUCUCACUCUCCAUUUUAACAGUGCUUUUGAAGUUUAUACAGAAAGCUUUAAAAGUUAGUUUGUGUCCUUAGUUUUUAUUACUACAACUGCUAAAAUACCUCUGUAAGCCUUAUCCUUUAUUCCUUCAUAUGUUGUAUAAUAAAUGUAUACAUUUCGUUGACCAACUAAAAUGUUGGGUGUCUGUAAAUGAGACCAAAACGUGGGUUGCUUUUUUCAUAAAAUAAUUUCUAUUGGGGGUUACUGUUCAAUGGCAGCAGGUAACCUAUAACUGUGAAUGCUUCAUGUCGUCGGUAUUUGCAUUACAUUCAUAAAAGUGUGCAAGUCCUGUGACUCCCAGCUUAUGCCACCUAACUUGAGUAAAGCAAACUGGUUUUAGGUUUCAAUGAAAUUGAUGUAAAAUGAUAUCCCAUAAAUAAAAAGUAUUUGUGUUUGGUUUCAGAA